GCUUUCCAGCGUUCGAGAGAAACAAGCUCAGCAACCCCCGCACACGAGCGGAUAAGCUUCGACUGAUCGAUCGAUCAAGAAACAGUUCUGCGACAUGGCUUUCGCGAUCAAAGCUGCAUCGACUUCCUACUCCACUUUCUCGCCGGCGGAUCAGCCGUCGCUCUCGAGGCUGGCGGCGACCGCGGCGGUGAAGAUGCCGGCGGGGCGGGGGAAGGCUGCAGCGGCGGUCGUCAUCCGGGCGGUCGCCGCGGCGGCGGCUCCGCUUUCCCCGGCGCCGGCCAGGUCAGCGGGCAAACGAUGCCUGCCGGUGUCGCAGACCAUGGCCAGGCUCAAGGCGCAUGGCAAGACGGCGUUCAUCCCGUACAUCACCGCCGGCGACCCCGACCUGGCGACGACGGCGGAGGCACUGCGGCUGCUGGACGCCUGCGGCGCCGACGUCAUCGAGCUCGGCGUGCCCUUCUCCGACCCCUACGCCGACGGGCCGGUCAUCCAGGCUUCGACGGCGCGGGCGCUCGCGAGCGGCACGACGCCGGACGGUGUCCUGGCGAUGCUGAAGGAGGUGACGCCGGAGCUGUCGUGCCCGGUGGUGCUCUUCUCCUACUUCAACCCCAUCGUGCACAGGGGGCUCGCUGACUUCGCCGCCGCCGCCAAAGAAGCCGGUGCUCACGGUCUCAUAGUACCUGAUCUCCCGUAUGCGGCGACGUGUGCUCUCAGGAGUGAAGCUAUGAAGAACGAGCUCGAGCUGGUGCUGCUCACAACACCAAGUACACCAGAAGAUAGGAUGAAGGAGAUCACAGAAGCAUCAGAAGGAUUUGUUUAUCUGGUGAGCGUCUCUGGAGUUACGGGUCCCCGCGCAAACGUGAACGCACGUGUCGAGUCCCUUAUCAAGGAGGUUAAACAGGUCAUUGACAAACCUGUGGCUGUGGGCUUUGGCAUCUCGAAACCCGAGCAUGUAAAGCAGAUUGCAGAGUGGGGUGCAGAUGGGGUGAUUAUUGGCAGCGCAAUGGUGAGGCAGUUGGGUGAAGCGGGGUCUCCCAAAGAAGGUUUGAAAAGAUUAGAGGAAUAUGCCCGGAGCAUGAAGAAUGCACUGCCAUAAUGCGUAGAUAUAUACAUGUGCCAAUAAAUCAGCUCGACUCUUCUUUGGUCUCCGACAGAGAAAGAUGUACACUAGUCAUUGAUGCUUUGUAUCUUAGUGUCGAUCGAGAUCUCAUUAUCGUCAUGGUCGGCUGCGGUCUUCAUCA